AGCAAGAUGGGUAACGCCAUGCGAGGCGUCAUCGCAUUCAUCCCCUCAGAGCGCUGUCAACGCUUCUUAGUGGGGGACCUGAAGGAGAUGCCAUUUGAUCGGACCCUGGACCUGAGCAGCCGGCAGCUGCGUCGGCUGCCUGUUGCUGCCUGUGUCUUCGACGAGCUGGUCAAGCUCUACCUGAGUGACAACAACCUCAGCAGCUUACCAGCUGAACUGCAGGGCCUGAAGAAGCUGCAGCUGCUGGCCCUCGACUUUAACUGCUUUGAGGAGCUCCCUGAAGCUGUUUGCAGAUUGCCCCAGCUCAGCAUCCUUUACCUGGGUAACAACAGGCUUUACCGCCUCCCCAGAGAACUGACAGAACUCAAGGAACUGAAUACUCUGUGGCUGGAGACUAAUUGCUUCACUGUAUUCCCUGAGGUCAUUUGUGAACUCUCUAAUCUAAAAACCCUGCACCUCGGUUAUAACCAGAUAUGGAGUUUACCAAAAGAGCUUAAGAGGCUGGAAGAAUUGAGAAGUAUCUGGCUUGCUGGGAACCAGCUGGCAGAGUUCCCCCCAGUGUUCCUUGAAAUGCACUUCCUAGCUGUCAUUGAUGUGGAUCGGAACAGGAUCCGCCGCUUCCCAGCCCUGUCUCACAUGCAAGGGUUGAAACUUGUCAUCUAUGAUCAUAACCCCUGUGUUAACGCUCCGGCAGUGGCCGAGGGAGUCAGAAGAGUCGGGCGCUGGGCGGACAGCUCUGAUGAUGAGCAGGAAAAUGACGGGUCAAAAGCAGCGAGUGAAACUACAGCAGAGGUCAUGGAAGUACACCCUGAGGAAGAGCACAACAUUUAGGGUCAAGGAAAAAAGUGACCUUCAGCUGUGGCUUGGUGGCCUGGCUGUACAGGAUGAUAUUCAAGUGGAACACUUAAA